GGUACUGUGGAGCUGACAUAAAAGCACUUUGCACUGAGGCUGCCUUGAUUGCCCUGAGACGGCGCUAUCCCCAGAUUUAUGUGAGCAGUCAGAAACUGCAGCUUGAUGUUUCUUCAGUAGUUCUCAGUGCGCAGGAUUUUUAUCAUGCAAUGCAGAAUAUUGUGCCUGCUUCCCAACGUGCCGUGACAUCUUCAGGACAUGCAUUAUCUCCUGUGAUCAGACCACUGUUGGAACGUACUUUCACUAACCUUCUUGAGGUUUUACACAAAGUGUUCCCUCAUGCUGAAUUUAGCCAGGGUGACAAAAGUGAAGAUGUACCAAGUUUAAUAUUAGAUGAUAGUGAAGAUGAGAAUGCUUCAUCGAUUUUUGAGACAAGCUGUCACUCAGGAUCACCAAAGAAACAGUCAUCAGCUGCUAUACAUAAACCCUACCUUCAUUUUACAAUGUCAGCUUAUCACCAGCCAACCUCUUACAGACCAAGAUUACUGCUAUCUGGAGAGAGAGGUUCGGGUCAGACUUCGCACCUUGCUCCAGCACUAUUGCACACUCUUGAAAAAUUCUCUGUACACAGGCUAGAUCUGCCAGCACUUUAUUCAGUCAGUGCCAAAACGCCUGAAGAAUCAUGUGCACAGAUCUUCCGUGAAGCUCGAAGAACAGUACCAAGUAUUGUUUACAUGCCUCAUAUUGGUGAUUGGUGGGAAGCUGUCAGUGAAACUGUGAGAGCUACUUUUCUAACUUUGCUGCAAGAUAUACCAUCUUUCUCCCCUAUAUUUCUACUGUCUACCUCUGAGUCCAUGUAUAGUGAUUUGCCUGAAGAGGUGAAAUGUAUUUUCAGAAUCCAGUAUGAAGAGGUUUUCUAUAUUCAAAAACCAAGUGAAGAAGACAGAUUGCGAUUUUUCAAAGGCUUAAUUCUUGAUGAGGCAGCAAUGCCCCCACCAAGAAGGAAACAGGCUGCUCUUCAUGCUCUGGAAGUUCUUCCUCUUGCACUGCCAUGCCCUGCCCGUGAGCUGUCAGAAGCAGAAAAACAGCGAAUGGAGGACCAGGAAGAGAACACAUUGAGAGAGCUGCGGUUGUUUCUCAGGGAUGUUACCAAGAGGCUGGCCACAGACAAACGCUUUAACAUCUUCAGCAAACCGGUGGAUAUUGAAGAGGUUUCAGAUUACCUUGAGGUUAUCAAAGAGCCAAUGGACCUAUCAACAGUAAUAACCAAAAUUGAUAAACACAACUACUUAACAGCCAAGGAUUUCCUGACAGAUAUUGACCUGAUCUGCAGCAAUGCAUUGGAGUACAAUCCAGACAAAGAUCCUGGAGAUAAAAUAAUUAGACAUAGAGCAUGUACUUUGAAGGACACUGCUCAUGCUAUCAUUGCUGCUGAACUGGAUCCAGAAUUUAAUAAGAUGUGUGAAGAAAUCAAGGAAGCGAGAAGAAAAAGAGGCUUAUCGGUAACAGCAGAACAAAUAAAUCCUCAUGGAUCCACUGUACGGAAAACAGAAGCUAGAGUUGAAGAGGCAUUUCGGAACAAACAAAAACCCACAAUGGCUGUGUGGCCCAACUCUGCGAAUAAAUGUGCAUUUCGAAUAAGGAGGAAAUCAAGACGGCGCUCACAGUGGGGCAAAGGCAUUAUUAAGAAGAGGAAAGUCAAUAACUUAAAGAAAGAUGAAGAUGAUGCAAAGUUUGCUGAUGAUGAAAAUCAUGGAGAGGAUAGUAAAUUGCUGGAAAAUGGAGAGCUAGAGAUCAGCACUGACUGCAUUGAGGAGAAUGGGGAGGAAAUAGGAGAUCUCUCUAUAACAAAUGAUGAAUCCUCUUGUGAUAUUAUGGAUAUAGAUGCAGAGCAGAGGCUUAACAAUGGGACAUCAGGAAAGGAAAACAAUUUUGCAUCCACAGAAGAAGAGAGCUCAAAUGAAUCUCUCUUAAUAACCGACAGUGUUACUCUGAAUGCUGAAAAGGAAUUAAGGAAGGGCUCUACAUCGAAAGGGGACUGUGUGAAUGGAGAGACAUCUGUACACAGAUCAGAAGGUAUACCUAUUCCAGUAUGUCAUAACGGUAAAAUGGAAUCAAUUGAUGCUGUUUCACCCUGUGACAACAACGAUGGGUCUAUUAACAAACAAAAAUCUUUGUCUGAAGAUCAGCCAAAGGAGCAAACGGAAGUUUCCAGUGAAAAUCGAGGAGCUGAUCUAGUGAAAGCCGAAUUACCACAUUGCAGCAAUAAUGACAGAACACUACAGAGCACAGACACUGAAACUAAGGAUGCUGAAACAGAUAAAGAAGGUAUAUUCAAAAGCAAGAAAACACGAAAAGUCGCUUUGGAACAGGCAAAGCCCACAAGUUUGGAGCAGGUUCCAGAGGAACCAUCGGAUCCCUUACCCUGUGUAGUUGUUGACCAUGACAGACUAAAGAAACUGCUUGAUUUGGUGGUUAAGAAAAGUGACAACCUGACUGUUGACCAGCUUGAGAGAUUGUAUUCACUCCUCAGUCAGUGCAUCUACAGACAUCGUAGAGACUAUGACAAAUCACAACUUAUAGAGGAAAUGGAAAGAACAGUUCAUGUGUUUGAAACAUUCCUGUGA